AAAGGGAGGUUCUUGGACUCCAACCUGGCAACCCCGAAGGAGUCUGGUCGAUGAAAAUUGCCCACAGCAGACUACUUGGCAUUAAAGACGGCUGGCGGUGGAAGCUGCGGUAACCCGUUUCCAGAAUCUACUGCUCAGUUUUUUUGCCAACACCAAAUUUGGAUCAGCUUGGUGGAGAAACGAGAGGAAAACCUGAAUCUUUGCCUAAACGGUGGAGGCCUGAACUGAGGCCUGAUCUGAACCUCCUUCUUCCAGCCCUCCUGCCAAUUUGUGAGCCUGGUUGGCAUCUUCUUUAACAAGAAAAACUCAAAGUGAAAGUAACCACUCUUGGACCUGUGUUUGAACACCAUAAACAUAUUUGAAGCGUUAUUUAAGUCUUGAGGAAGUACACGACCAAACGUUUCCUGAAUACUUCUGUGUGACAACAUGGCGAAGAAAAACAGCCAGAAGGAUACGUCAGGGGUGGUGUUUGAUACUCGCUCAAAAAUGGCCAUGUCCCAGGGAGGAACAGCUGAGAGGAUGAAGGAGAAGAUCAGUGCCGUCAGGGCCGUCGUCCCAAACAAAAGUAACAAUGAGAUUGUGCUGGUUUUGCAGCAUUUUGAGAACUGUGUUGAUAAGGCCGUUCAAGCUUUCUUAGAAGGCAGUGCAGUUGAGAUCCUGAAGGAGUGGAAUGUCACCGGCAAAAAGAAGCCCAAGAAGAAAAAGAAGCCCAAGCCUCAGCCAGAGGCUUCAGCAGAGCCUGCUCCACCUGAGGCCGCCUCACCUGAGGAGGGCAAGGAUGAGGUGAACGGCUUUCAUGCCAACGGAUCAGUAAUGGAUGGAGAGUCACUUGAUUCUCUGAGUGAGCAGUUGGACUCUGCCUCCCUGGAUGCAGCCGAGCUGGACUCAGAACCUGCUACAUCCGAAACCACCGGUGCAGAAGCAGAAAGUCAAGGUAGCGCUCCAAGUCCUCCCCUACAGCAAGGAGGGAGGAAUCACCAGGGUCCCAGAGGCAACAAGAACCGACACAGGCCGGGCUCAAAUUCACAUCCACCCACUUCCACCUCAUUACCACCCACCACUGACGAGCAAGGAUCGUCAGGAGCCAAGAAGAUAGCUUCCAACAUUGACCGCUCUGUGAAGGACCUGCAGAGAUGCACCGCCUCGCUGACUCGCUACAGGAUGGUGGUCAAGGAGGAGAUGGACUCUUCAAUCAAGAGGAUGAAGCAGACAUUUGCUGAGCUCCAGAGCUGUUUAAUGGACAGAGAAGUGACUCUACUGGGAGAAAUGGACAAAGUGAAAGCAGAGUCCAUGAUGAAUCUGGACGCCCGGCAGAAGAGAGCGGAGGAGCUCAGACGGCUGACAGACCAGUCGGCGUCCAUGUCUGAGGAGCAGUUGACUGAACUGCGUGCAGACAUAAAGCACUUUGUGAGCGAGCGUAAAUAUGAUGAGGACCUCGGAAAAGCUGUAAGAUUUACAUUUGAUCUUGAGCCGCUGAAGACGAGCAUCACAGGCUUUGGAUCAGUUUACCAUCCACGUACAGGCUAUUCAAAUCGGUCCCGCUGUAGCUCCACGUCCUCCUCUGUCACCAGCCCGAGCCUGCUGGAAACUCCUCCUCCCCCCCAGACCCAAAGCGCCCCCAGUGAAAACCGCCCUCCACCAAACAAACAGAUUUUCCAAGGCAACAGGCGCACUUUCCAGGGACAAGGGUAUCACUCGGGUCAGAGGUAUAACGGCGGUUCCUACCACGACAGGAACGCCGGUCGUGCUAACCACCGCUACCAGAGUGACGGCGGCUCCUCUGGUCCUUCACAGCACUCACACAGCUCGAGAGGUCCCCACCAUUCCUCCACGUCCUCCUACAACCAAGACCGACCCUCUCAUAACGGGCUGCCCCAAAGGCUUCCUCGGACGCACUGCCCUUGACAUUGGAAAUCCCGUGCUCAAUCAAAACCCAUCUCCUAACCCUCGCACUCCCCUCCCCCAUAGCCUCCCUAUCCCCUCCGCAUCCUCCCCUCUACUAACUCCUCUCAAUGAAGAAUAGAAUACAAGUUUACAUAUUUCCGUCAGUUGAGCUGUAGUGCCACCUGUCCACAUCAACCCAUUCAUCCUUCAAACUUGAAAAGCUCUCACUGUUCUGUAAUCGCUCUUCCUUUUCCAUUUCUCUCAUCCUGUUAAGGUAACAGCUUCUAUCUUUAGGCCCCCUUUGAGAGAUCUCAUUGCUAUGCUUUCCUCAGUCUCUGCUAUUAUUUUUUGCAGUUAAGCUGUCUGCAAGAGACCGACAUGAUUUCCUGCAACAACUUGUGCACUAUUGAAGUUGAACUCUUAGUACUAUUUCUAUUUUUGCUGUGGCUUAUGUCAGCUCUCUGAUGUGCACCUCAGAUGUUUUUUUGUUUUUUUUAGUUCUCGUCUCCCAGAACCAUUUCAAUGCCUUCACCAUGGAAAGCGUAGUGAAAGUGCAAAAGUAGUUCUAGCAGUAACAGAGAUUCUUGCCAUCAGGAGAGUAGACUUGCAAUCAACACUACAGACUAUCGUUAAUCUUUACAUGAAGGUAAAAACAUAUCAAACUGUAAUCCAGAGGUUUUCAUAUGGCUGCUAUAAACCAUAGGGAACAUGUUAACACUAGCACUAGGGUGUGUUUUAGAGUAACUGUGAACACAGAAGUUGCCCUCUUAAAGGAAGAGUUCGAUGUGGAGAAUGGCUCAUAUCCACUUGCAGAGAGUUGGAUAAGAUGAAGGAUGCCAGGCUCGUGUCUGUGUGCGAAAUUAAAGCUGUCACCAGCAGUCGGGAUGGGAAUUAAUGAGAUUUCAUUCAUACCAAUACUAUCAUCAGUUCUGCUUAUAGGUCCAUUUUUUUAUCGAUUCUGUUAUUGAUUCCUGAUCAGCACUACGUGAGGGGAAAAAAAGUAGGCCGACAGAUUUUCAGCGUCAAUGCACCGGUGACACUCGAUCACCCUUUCUUAGCUCAUUUUCCUUCCCUGUGCAGUAAGCAUGAAAGGGGGAGCUGAUGGACGAGUCAAACUGGCUGUAGCCUGAGAGCAGUCUCUCUGUCAUCAUCAUCUACAGUGGAUGAAAUGAAAGAAUGUUUGCUCAUAUAGGCUUCAUAGCCAAAGAAAAAAUUUGCUAAGCUUGCCUGCAACCGCUGUUAUUAUAACAGGAUAUUUACCCUCUGUAUCAGACGUGCUGCUCAGUUGGGAAGUAGUGGCACUCGUGUGGAGAGUGUCAAAUACAUGGCAUUCCUGGAUUUACCCAUGUUGUGUAGAAAGAUGUUUCAGCAUGUUGCUGUUUUUUCCAAUUACUUGAAAUUAUAGUUUUUUGACAUUACAAGCAGCACCGUCGUAAUUUUUCUUUGUGAAAUGAAGCCACGCUUUGGACCGCUCUUCCUUUCCGCUAUGACUCCUUCUUGUUUCCAGCAGCGUAGACGCAUGAGUUGACAUCAUUGUUUUGCACAACUGUCAAAAAAAUAUGCAGGCUUUGAUGAAAGGAAUUGAUGCACCCAGAGGCAUAUGAUUCCAGUGGCUCAGCCUUCUCAAUUCCCAUCCCUAACCAAUAGCCAGUUAGCUUAGCACAAAGACUGGAGUUGGAAUGUUGCAUGUUCUCCCCGUCCUCCCGCUUCCUCCCACAGUCCAAAAACAUGCAGGUUAAUUGGUGACUCUGAGCAAAACUAGCUGCUCCCCUUGUUUCCAGUCUGUAUGCUAUGCUAAGCUAAUCGGCUGCUGGCUGUAGCUUCAUAUUUACCACACAGACAUGAGACUGGUGUCAGUCUUCUCAUUCAACUCUCUGCAACAAAGAGCAUUUCCCAAAAUGUCGAGCUUUUCCUUUUGACUAUUGCCUAAGGCAGUGAUGUAUCGCCCUCCUGCUGGCCAACGGUUAUCGUGUGCGCUGUUGUUGGCUCGCUGUCCAUUAUUUUAUAACAAAGAGAGGGCUCAUUACCUUUUUGUAGAAUACUGUUAUAUGACAUGUUAAAACUCACGACAAAGGAAACUGUCCACAUGCUGUUCUAUAUUUACUCCUUGACGUUUAUUCAGAUGGAUUUUCUUGUGUUGUUGUGUUGUUAUAUGCACAUGGAUGGCAUAUUAAUGACGUGCUUGCCUUUAGUCACAGAGAGACUUCACACUUGCCUUUCUAGAGACAUGGAUGUCUGCAUCAUGACGGCUUUCUAAACAGACGAUACUUGUAGAGCGGAUGUGCGACUUACAAAUAUAUGUAUGAGAAUUAGAUCUUUUCUUCCCCUUUUUAUAUUCUCACUUUGUCCCGUCUGUGAACGUAAAACUGAUCAAACUGAUGAAUGCGUUGGAGGGUUGCAUUGAUUUCACAGAUUUUCUUUUUCUCCUACAGUCGCCAAGUAGACGCUUCACGGCUGUUUGUUGUUGGGGUUAAGUCUCAUCGUAGUGUCCACAGUUUGUGAACAAAAAGCUGGUGAAUACCUCAUCGCUGAUGUUUCGACGCGGCCCAUUGUCGAGCCGUUUUCUCGCAGUGGGCUCUCAUUUAAAGGGACAGGGACCCCCUGGUGAUUCCUCAUCUCUUCUUGUAGUUAUGUACAUACAGUAUGUGGAGCUGCAAGGCUGUAGUGUAAGACUGAUUGUUACAUAAUUGCUGCAUUUUCUUCAUAACGUGUCGUCUUCCUUUGAGCAGACUUUUGGAAAAACAAUGAAUUUAUAUUAUGUUGUCUCCCCCCUUUUUGUUUCCUCGUGGGUUUUCUGAUCAUGAGAUUAUUAUUCUUAUUUGAGAUUUAAAAGAAAAUCUUUACUUCAGUUAUUAUAUUAGUUGAUAUUGUGAAGAGAGGAGUGUUGACUUGUUUGCAGUAUUUGGUUAAUUUGUGCUGUCAUCAGUAGGUUUCAACUAAAAUUAAUAGUUUGAUAUUUUUGGAAGUACACUUAUUCCCUUUCUUACAGUUUGAAAACACUUCUGAUGAAGCAAGAAACUUUUAUCUUUUUUGUGUCGCUUGUAAGAAGUCUAUUUUCCAACGUUGUUGGGGCUUGUUGUUGCACCUUGUGGUCACUAGGAGGGGAAAAACAUCAGCAAUAUAAUCAGCCCGUUAUGGCUAGAAAACUUGAACAAGCAAGAAAAGGUGAGAUUUCUGCUCUAUUAGAAGUGUUUUCAAACAUUUAUUUUUAGUUUUACAGGACAAAGACUUCAACAAUGAAGAGUAACUGCUUGUUUUGGCAAAUGUACACCUCACCGCCCCAUCUCAAAGAAGGGAACUGUCUCCGAUCAGACAGUCCUCAAUGCUGAUUUUCUUUUCAUACUAUGGCAAAGGCAUGACCAGACCUACACUGCCUCUGAUAAGCCGGUACACGUUGCCAUUGUUGGUUGGGUUUGUUAGGUUAAGACAUGAGAAAUGAGAUUGGUCGUUGUAAGAAUAUCAGAGUAAGCCAAUCACAGGCAGAGAAGAAGAGAGUAAGACAGGUCAUGUCUUUGCCAUAGUAGGGGGGGAAAAUGCAUCCCAAACUGGGCUAGGAAACAGCUUUGUUUUCCGCUCAUGUUAGAAAAUACACCACCAGCACUUCUAAAGCUCAGCAAUUAUUGAUUUGUUGCUCACUUUAAAAAAAUCAGGCACAAAAAUGACAAUUUCCUGUUUACAAUAGGUUUUAUGUGUCAGAUUAUUUCUUGCCCACGAUCAGUAACCUCCCAGAAUAUCCUCUUUUUGCCAUAUAGUUUCUUACAUAACAACACUGUAAAUUAAAGAAGGACAUGACGAAAUACUACAGUUCAAGCAAGUUUAAUAUACAUGACAAUGGCAAGCUUUCCCACUUGUAAAUGCUGGAUAGUUGAGCUUCGCCUCCCCACAGUCUGCAGCAAGUUUUACUUGUGUUGCCUGACACCUGCUGAAAGCAGAGAAAUAGUCAGGCACAUAACCCCCAAUAAAACAGCAAAUUGUCAUUUUUAUACUUUUGAUAUUGUACAUAUUAAAGAAAAAUAUAUCACAUCUUAAUUUGUGAGCUUUAGACGUGCUGGUAGGAAGAUUGUGUGACCUUUGGACAAAGCCAGGUGAGCUGUUCCCUGUUUCCAGUCUUAAGGCUAAAAUAAUUGGCUGGUCGCAGUUUCUUUACACAUGAUAUCUGUUCUCAUGUAACUCUGAGUAAGAAAGAGAAAAAAUGUAUUUCCAUAAAAACUAUUCAUUUAAUUCUUUCAGAGGUGGUAAUGUCGUAAUGUCAGAGAUUUUUACUGACUAGCGUUUUUGGGGCUGCAGUUUGAAUUGAUCAAAGCAGCAGGACAGAUGAUGAAACAGUUUUAUUCCAGCAUGUUUCUAUUGUUAGAGGUGCUGGACUUGUUCAGUCGAGAUUCGGAGAGAGUAGAUUCUGUCUGCCUCACUUAAACCACUUUUUUUUUUUUACAUUCCAAACUGUAGGAAUAUUAGGUUAUCGCCAAAGAAAUAAUUUCGUCCUGUUUUAAAGUUGCUGCCUUUUUUUCUUUCCUCGGCCUGUAAAGAAUUCCAAAGGGGAUAAUCCAACAGUUCACCUUUUCUUCGUCUUCUUCCCACCUACUUUAUUUUCUGAUUCCUUACUGUAUAUACAUAUAUGUAGCUAUAUAAUUUUGUGCUCACAUGGGGCAUUUUGUAUGUGAUAUUCAUAUUAGGCAAAGUGGAGGUUAAAACAUCUAGUUCAUUCAUUCUUCCAGUAGACCAUGUGUCCUUCUCAAGACAACUUUUCUGAGACAACUGUAAACUCAAGUGCCUUUUCUCGUCUCCCACCAAUUCAUUGACAUCCCCUCCACCAGAGUACGGACCAAAGACAUCGACCGUCCCCGACACCCCUCUCCUCUCUUUCUCCCCAUUCACUGAAUUGCACACUUUUCAUUUACUACGAAUAAACAGUUUGCAAUA